CAACUCACCCAGUAAUCCACUCACCCAUUUCCUCAUUCACUAACUCACCCACUCACCAACUCACCCAGGCAACUACUCACCCAUUCCCUCAUUCAUCAACUCACCCAGUCAUCCACUCACCCAUUUCCUCAUUCACUAACUUAUUUAACCCCCACUCAGCAUGCAGAGUUGGGAGAGCCUAGACAAUGCAUUGUGAUGCAUUCCUGUCACUAUCACAGAAUUAUUAUUGGUGUGCUUGUUUUCCCAGGAAAGCUAUCGGGCCACUGUUUCAGAGUAGGGGGGGGGGGGUGAUGUUGCAGCUGCGUGUGGAUCCCAAUUGAGAAAAUGGUAACAUUUUGGAGCAUUGGGCUGUUUGGCGAACACCCGUGAGCAAUGUCGGUGUGAACUUUCGGUAGAGCCGCCCCGGCGUUUAUCGCAAUGGCAUCGCCUUUAGUUUCUUGCAAGUACCAGUGCAGCGAGAGGUCAGGAGCUGGAGGAAGUUAAGUGGGGGGGAAGUCCAGACCACUACCGUUUUAUGAGUUCCACGCUCUUUUUUUUGUCUUUGAGUGCUCGCGACCUCGGCAGGGCGGACGGAUCUUUUCCCCAACUCGCACGAGACCUCUCUCCUCCGUUCCCCGGCCGAUGAAAUUUGCUCCCCGCCGCCGAGCAGCAGCAGCAGCAGAAACAUGUUCAGGAGAUAGAUGCCGACACCACGACGAGAGAGAGUUCAUGUCGUUUUGCUGUUCCUCCUCCGUUGAAGAAGCAGAGACCACAGUGGUGGACUCGGUGGUCCACCGACCCACUGCACUUGUUAACCCCAUGCCAGCUCGGCGCGGAGUACCUCGCGAGAGAAUAUCUUGAGACUCGGUGAGGCUAUCCUGGACAAACACGCUGUGCAACAUGGACGCUUGCCGAAGUAAACUUCACAAAAAAUUGAACGAUGGCCUCCAGCAUUGAACCCGAUCGGUUCUACGGCAGAGAGGUUGAGUUUCCACCUCGGCUGCUCGCUUCCCACAUCGACACUGCCGAACGCGAGGUCCGUACACUCCUGGCGGGGAUGAGAAGCACUCGGUGGCCAAAAAUAGAUCCUUCGAUUCACUAUGACAUCGUCCGGACCGGCAGCUCGUACGAAGGACUCAAAGUCAACGGGGAUAUGGAGCUGGAUAUCAUGAUCGUUCUCUCUCACCCUGAAUUCAACUUUUUCCCCAUCUCAGACCCCAGUACACCAUGUGGCUUUCAUAAAAUAAAAGCUGAGCGGCGACACGUUCAAUCUCAAGCCGCACGUUGGCUAUCGGGAACCGUCUGUUGCUUAUUUGAAGUGUGCUUCACCAGCAACGGAUACCUAAUGUCAUCACAAAUAUACGAGUGGUUUCAAUCAUUAGCAAAGAGAGCAUUGACAGUGAUAGAGUCGAAAUAUGACGUGACACUUGCUGGCAAAUUUCCAGUCCGUAUGGUCAUCAAGGUUAGAACCGACUUUGAAAUCUGCGUGGACCUCGUCCCAGCGAUCAAAAUCGAGGGAGAUCUCUACGCGGUGGCCAAACCCUUGAAGACAUCCCCAGACCCAGAUCUCUGGAGGCUGUCGUUCUCCGUCUUCGAGAAAAACAUCCUCAGCUGGCUUCCAAGCCCCUCCUGCCACCUGAAGGCCCUGAAGAUCCUCAAGUACCUGCGGGAGCACGACACUCGGCUGGAGGAGACGUCUCAGUUCGCGAGUGGACUCUGCUCGUACCACCUGAAGACGGCCUCCCUCCACCUGCUCGCGCGUCCAGCGCAGCCGCCGGACACCCAAGAGGGCCUGCACGAGCGCCUCCACCAGCUGAUGGACUUCCUCGUUGAGUGCAUGCAGAGAAGGGAACUCAACCACUUCUUUAUGGGGAAUCAAUCGAGCCUGGCGAGGGACGCGCAAGUGCCCAGCAGCGUUACCCACGGAGAGUGCCGCCUCAAUCUCUUCGGUGGUAAAUUCGUGAAUGAGAGCACCCUGAGCCAGGCGAGGGAGAGACUCGUCAGGAUUAAACGCUCUCUGCCUGCCAUAAUCCAACAGCAUUAUGACCCCGGUGCUUACAGCUGCAAUAUUUUAUAAGAGCUCCUACACCGCUUACAAUUGAACACGUUUGAGACGUUUUUCACGGCCAAUGUUUAAAUUCACAAUUGUCGGGUUAAGGCCGCGUGAUAAUUUCGCCCGAUUGUUGCGUCAUCGAAAAGCCUCAACCACCCGACGAAGCCAAAUUCAAUUUUCCCGUUUGCGUACGAGCGUUUAAACUAUGCGCCUAUUAGUAUUAUUGUCCUCGCUGCGGCCAAACUCGCCGAGGUUGAUGUAGAGGGUGAUCAUCACAAAAGGAAUGUGUGAGCUAUUUUAGAUACGAGGAGACGUUUAGAUUGGUACCGUGCCAAGGGGUCUCCAGGACGAGAUCCAUCAAGGUUAGAAUUUUUUUGUAAAAAUGCAGUCGCUCUCAAAUGAAGCGUCACGUCUACCCGGUUGUACUGACAUGCAUCCAGUGUAUGUAAAUUUGCUUGUAAUGCGACUUAUAAACGAGUGCACAAAUUCUAUAUAUACGUUGUAUUAAAUUUACUCGGUGAUCACCGUA